AUAUUCGAUUUUUUUUCUCUCGAAAUUCUAUUGGUCAUUUUUGGGAUUAAAUUUCGUUAUCUUCGACCUUUCAUAUAUACUCUGCAGAGGUUACUGGUGAUAGAGGAGUCCAUACAAAAAUGUAGAAAAAGGACUAAGAAGAAAAUGUGGAACUGUUUAUUAUUUGUCUGUUUCUUCUUUGCAUCAUGUACAGCAUACAAUUUUGUGUGUAAAUCGGGUUGGAGUUACCAGCAUAAUGAUUAUUGUUACAAGAAAUUUUCUGGAAUGUCAGUCAACUGGUACACGGCUCGAGGCAUUUGUCGAGGACAUGGAGGUUUUCUUGUAGGUGUAAGAGACAGGUCUAAACAAAACCACAUACAAGGUUUGGCCAGAAGUGGACAUCUCUGGACCGGAGGAAAUGAUCUCUCCAGAAAAAGACACUGGGUUUGGGACGAGGGAGAUCGUAUUUCUUUUUCGAACUGGGAUUCACAUGAACCAAGCAAUAGCAAUGGAAACGAAGAUUGCAUAGAGCUUCGAAGUGAACAUUCCUGGACCUGGAACGACGAGUCUUGUUCAAGUGAAAGGCCAUUUAUGUGUGAAUUACACGCUUGCCAUCUUCCGAAACAUUGUAUAUCUACGACUUGUACCACCACUGAUGACUAUCAAUGUACAAAAUGUCAGGAUGAAAAGUCAACACCUGAGUAUUCUAUUUACUGGCCUACUUCAAAUAAGAAAGUUUGCGAAGCUACGUGUUCAUGGAAGGAGAAUUGGUGUUGGCCUGGCACAUGCGCAGGAAAUUUGGCAAAACACUGUGUUUGUAGCGAUGGCUUCCUAAAGUCAUCUUCUGAUCCGGCUCGUUGUCAGUUGUCCAAAAAGCCGCAGAUUCUUACUUGUCGAUUGGGUGCUGAAAGUAACAAAGGUGAGAUGGGUAAUUCAACCUCACAUGGAGAGUGCAAAAAUGAAGAAUCAACAUCUAUCAACUUUCAACCAAAAUCGCUGUCUUUUAAUUUUGUCAUGUUAUUUGAAACACCAAAGAGUCUUCCCAGCAAACCAAUUCGUAUCAGCGAGUCUCAUUUUGGUGUUGUCCAUGCUGAAGUCCAAGUAUAUAAGGAGGAUUUAACAAGAGCAAAAUCUACCUUGCAUAUAGAACAGAUGACAGACAAAUCAAAAUGCAAUACACAGAUGGACGAUUUACAUCCAAAGUCAGACCAUCCUAUAGAGUGUAGGCAUGUCAUUCCCAAUCAAUCAACAUGGUUCUUAAACAAUGGACAAAGGCUCUGUUUAUCGUAUAAAGCUGAGAGUGGGGGAUACAUGAAGUACAAAGACUUCAGUAACAAAGUGUACCCUGCAGUCAGUUACAACAGGGUAACUGAGUCAAAUGAUGUAUGCCUUCUUUUCGAUUCCUCCCCACCAAAGCACUGUAGUGAACUUUCGACUUGUCCAGGACAAGAGCCAAUACAAUUUAUAUUCGGUCGCUUGACAAAAGAUCCUACUUUGAAGAUCAAAAUUGAAGGAUGGAAUGAUCCAUUUCCAAGAAGACCCGACCAAGCAUCAGGCAUUAAGAGUUUUUCCAUUAGCAUCCAUGAAACAAAAGAGGUUGACAACCAAACACUUUCCAUGGAUGAAAAAGCUCUUCAGACUUUCAAUAUUUCUCAUGCUGAAUUCAGUGUUACACUGCCUCACCAACCAGCCCUUUUUGGCAUUUCUCUGGAAGUGUUGGAUCAUGCUGGAAAUGUGAAAUCUGCUAGAAGAUUCGUUAUGUUCGAUAAUUCCUCCGAAAUUAAAAUCAAUGGCGAAAAAAGGCUCCAGGUAUAUACAGCAAGCUCAAAAACCAAUUACACCUGGCAAACAAAUAAUGGAAAGAGCUGUCUUUCAUGGGAAAACCGAUAUUACAAUUCGUACAACCUGAGAUAUAAUCUCCUACGCAAAAUGCAAAAGGAUUAUCAUGGAAUAUAUCAAGGCGUGUACGAACAAGAGAGCGGAAUUUUACCGAUAUCUGGAACAACCAAUAUUUUCGGAAUAGUAUCAUACCAUUACUCAUGGUUUAAAGAAAAUAAAAGAAUGUCCUCAUACAUUUUGGUACCACGCUUUCCUACCCAAUCUUUAUGUGUUGAUCUUGAUUUGAAAGAUGGAGAAACUCACACAAUCACCGUGAUUUCAAAAGAUUUGAUGAAUAAUUCGCUUUCUGAAAAUAUCACUUUUCAUGUCGAUUCCAGUGUACCUGAUAUUGAGGAUAUCUGGCUGAAAAAGGAUGGCGUGAGACAACUGUUUGUUCAUAACUCCACCGAUCUGUCAAAAAUGACCCUAGAGUUCCAAGCUUUUGACUCACACAGUGGCCUUUAUUCAAUCGAAUACUUCCUUGGCACGUCCCUCGGAGGGAAAGAACUUGCAUACAAAACCAUUGCAGUGCAAACUUUAGGAAAUAAGACUUGCGAAGCUCUUGUGGACUGCUAUUGUCCUAGUGUGGGACCUUGUGAACACUCUAUGUAUAGAGUGGAAUUCAACCAUCUUAUAAAGAACAACACACAUAUUGGUCUGCACAACCGAGAAUACCAUUUUACAGUUAAAGUAACAAAUGGAGCCAGGUUAGUUAGUAUACAACACGUGGAUAUCCUUUCGGAUGAUUCUCCUCCACAUAAAGGUGUCGUUUACGAGGGACCUCAAGGUUCCCCUGAUAUUGACUACACAAGUGGAAAUUCUGUUAAUGCUAGAUGGGACGGAUUCAUAGAUCAUGAAAGUGGGAUAAUGAAAUACAGGAUAGGUAUCAGCGAUCACUGUCUCACAAAAGGAGAGAUGGGUGUAUAUUCUCAUGAUUUAUCAAAGAAUUUUAGCAUCCAUGAGUCUACAGAACAAUCUUUAAGUAUAAGUCUUCCUAACGAUGGUCUAUAUGUUGUGUCCGUAAUUGCAUAUAAUAACGCUUUGGAACCUUCCGAUGUUGCAUGCUCUGAUGGAGUGACUCGAGACUCUUCCAAAGUAAUUGUUACCGAUGUUGUUCUAGAAUCUGCAAAAGCGAAGGAUGUUAUUGGAUGCUACGACAACAAAGCUUGGCAUAUUCUGCAAAAUCUAACAGCUUACGAGCUUAAGACUACUGAGAAAUGUCUCGAAAUAUGUAGUCGUAACCUUUCUAUGUCACUUAUAGCUUAUCUUCCAAAAAGUAAUCUAUACGCAAAUCAUUCUGAAUACUCUGCAACCAUGUGUAGCAAACUCUCACAGUAUACGGAAAACUGGUUUAUUUAUCUUCCGUCCGAUAAAAUCAAAAUGACCUGGAAGUUGGAAGAAAAGGAAUCUCAGAUACAUAAUGUUGAGGUUGGAUUUGGUUCAACUGCAAGUUCUUUUUCAUUUCCUGAUUUGAUAUCGUACUCAGAUUCUCAUAAGAUUGACGAGUUUCAUAUCAUGCACGCAGGCUUAGAUACUGGUUUGCCACUUUAUCUAUUUCUCAAAGUAAUAAACAAAGCUGAUCUGAAAACGCUUGUGACUUUUGGUCCACUUAUCAUUGACGAAACACCACCUAUAUACAAAGGGAAUGUUGUUGUAUUCCAAGAUUCUGCCGAUAUCGUUGUUGGAUGGAACAGUGAUACAUUUCUCGAAGCCGAACAGAAGGAGUCAAUGGAUUCAAUUCUUUUCCGCUUAGGAAGUGCCGGAAAGAUACUGACGCCUUAUCUGGAAGCCAAGAUAAAGGAACAGUGUCCAAGAAAUCUUUCUUUUUGCUUCAAGUACUCAAUUAAUCGUAUCUUCAAAAUGAAUUUCAAUAGUAAUUCCAGAUUCUACUUCCAACUAUAUGUUUAUAACAUAGCAGGCCACUUUCUCGAAGUUCGAUCUGAAUCUUUUCUCUUACCCUCUCGGUAUCCACCGACAAAUGGGACAAUCAUAGAAACUCUUCCAAAUAAUUCUCUAGAAGGAGAGGAUGUUGACUUCAUAUUCCAAACCAACAAAGUAUGCUUUGACUGGAAAGGCAUAUGGCAUAUUCAAAAUAUUUCUUUAGAAGUUGGCAUUGGUUCAACUAAAGAAUCUGCAGAUAUCGUAUCUUUUCGGAACAUUUCAGAAAAUACGAAGUGCAUUUACAAUUUGAAUCUAUUGCAUUUCAAGAAAUACUAUACUAUAGCACGCGCUACUGUUGGGCUUCACUCGACUUUGAUUAUUUCAAAUGGAUUUACCGUAAUAGAUAACUCAAGUAUAUCAAAUUCGCUUGUUGUUCAUAGUGGGACUAGCUGUAGGAUGAGACGCAACAAUCGUAUUCCAAUUAUUUUAAAUAAAAAUCAAGGAACAUUUUCAGUAGUCAGCGCUCUUCGGGAGAUUCAGGUCUACACAAUUUUAACAGACGGAAGCCCGGUAACCAGCCAAGAUGUGGUUUGGAUUGAUAAAUCUCGACAUCAAUUCAUUCCAAUUAUUUCCUACCCUACAUUCCAUAUUUUGAAUACCACCGCUUUAAGUAAUGUCUCCAUUUCCUCUUGCGAGGAAGGAAAACAAUUUCAGAAAAGUAAGCAUUCUUUCGAAGUUUUUUGGACUGUAAAUAAUGAGACUGCAAACUUUAUCACUCAUUACAAAUGUGGUUUGUUUAAAAUAAACAAAGACGGGUCCAGUACAAUUGUGGAACCGCUCAAAGACAUAAGUAGCGAUUCACAAUUCCAGUUUACUGGAUUGCAUUUGCAAAAUUUCCAAACUUACCAUGCAUUAGUUCAACCAUGUUUCCAGAAAGUCUGCUUACAAGGCAAAUUCACGGAAGCAGUCACUGUUGAAGAAGGAAGUUAUCCUAUAAAUGAGACGGAGGCUUUUAUGAAAAUGAAUGAAGGUGAAACAAGAGUUGUAGAUGUACAAGUAAAAUUUAGUGCAUAUGAGUGUGGGUUAUCUGGAGAACCAUUGGGAUAUGCAGCGGCCUUACUUGAUACAAAUGUGCCACAAAAUCAAUUGACGUCAUGGAUUUUAUUUUCUCCUUAUUCUAGGAAAGGAUGUCUUAAUGGCAAUUUAACAUUUCACUUACCUGUUUAUGGACACAAAAGAAUGGAAAUUUGUAUCAAAGGACUUUGUAAAACAGGACAGUCAAUCAACACCUGUACAAGUCCUACUAUGUUGUCAAAUCCAAAUGAAUUUUCCGCGCUUACUUUAUACGAAAUAGACUCUAGCUCUGUAAAUCUUCAGGAUAUUUUAAGACUUGCAAACAGUCAGUUCUUAGGAGAUAAAUUACAACUGCUGCACGAAAAUGAGGUUGACGUAACACCACCUGGUAGGAAAAUAUACGGAUUUUUAAGUGGGGCGUCUGGAAAGUCCAUUACCUGGUAUCUCACCACGAAACAAUUAUCACAAAAAGUCUCCUGUCAAAGUGAUAUGGAUUGUCUUCAAUCAGUAACCUCAACAGAUGGAAUAGGAAGAUUUAAUACACAAAGACUCCCACCCAAUCAUAAAUAUUUCAUAUGUGUCUUUGCUGAAGGAAUGAAUUUUACUUCUGAAAACAAAGUGAAGAGUGAAGAUAUUUCCCUCUGUGGGAAUGGAUUUAUUGUUGAUAAUUCGCCUCCGAAAGGCGGAGAAGUUAAGAUUUUAAGUAGCAAUGAAGAAUUUGUUACAAGCGAAAAGGAAUUAGAAAUACAAUGGUCAGGCUUUUCAGAUAUUGGAGUAGAAAUUUCUCAUAUUGAACCUGGCAUUGCAAGAUAUGACCUCUGUAUAGGUUCCUUUCCAAGAGGGCAGGAUAUUUUACAGUCCAGAAACGUUGGGUUACAGACAUCAGUGUUUAUUCCAAACUUGAACCUGACGAACGGAAUGACGUAUUUUGCUACAGUAAAAGCAUUUGAUCGAGCUGGUCAUGUGACAGUCGUUUCCUCUCCGGGAAAGACCUUAGAUGUGACCCCUCCUGACAUUGGUACGAUCUUCAUCGGAAGUCCUAAAUCACAAACUGCAACGCUUUCCACGAAUGAUAUUUUUGUACACUGGGACGGAUUCGGGGACAACGAAAGCGGUCUAAAGCAGAUUUUGAUGGGUAUUGGUUCCAGUAAUGUUUCUACAGAUAUUCUGGAAUUCUACCCUGUGGAUGGAGAGUUUGCUGAAAUUCAACUACCAGAAUUCAUGAUUGAUGGAUAUCAGUAUUAUAUAUUGCUAAAGGUUGUAAACCAUGCAGACCUGAAUGUGAUCACUGCGUCUGAACCAUUCCUGUUUGAUCGAACUCCGCCUCAUGAAGGCCUUGUACAAGAUGGUCUAACGGACGAUGUUGAUUUUCAAAAUGAUACUAGGAAGUACGCGUGUCACUGGUCAGGUUUUCUGGAUUCUCACACCGGAAUUCAGUAUUUUGAAGUAGGUAUAGGAACACAGCCGUUUCUCUUUGAUGUAUUUCCUGCCAGCAAUGUAGGACUUUUAACGAAUUUUACUUGGAACAGCAUGUUUGAACCUGGUGUUAAAUACUUUGCCACCGUCAAAGCUUGUAACCAUGCUGAAUUGUGUACUAGUGUAUCGUCAGACGGGGUGAUCAUGGACAAUUCUCCUCCAAUCCCUGGACUGAUCCAUGUCGGUUUUAGCGACCAACACGAACCUUUUAUGCCUUAUAAUAACUCUAUUUCUGCAUCUUGGGUUGGGUUUGUGGACCCACAUUCUGACAUUGACCAUUUUGAAUGGUGUCUGGGAACUUCCCCGGGAUACUGUCAGAUCGUAGCUUUUGAAAAUAUAAUGCUAUCGAACCGGGUGACAAGGACAGGCCUUCAUCUUCCUCAUUCAACCGAUCUCUACCUAACACUUCGCGCAUUUAAUAAAGCUGGCUUGGUGACAGAGCGUACUUCUCCAAAAUUCCAGGUAGAUCCAAGUCCUCCAGUUUUAGUCCAGAAUCCAGAAUUCAUCACAGGUGCACAUGGACUAUCACUCAUCAACGGAACGCAGUUUGACGGUUCUUUGGUUACUAUUAGAUGGCUUUUUCAAGAUAUGGAGAGUUCCAUCAUUAAGCACCAUAUAGUAUUGAUGAGCAGUCGCAAUGGGCAUGUCAUGUUUGAAAAGAAUGAAAUUGGUUGUCAAACACAGAUUACAAUCAAAUCUUCAAAUGAAACCUUUCUCAGAGAUGGGGAUUCCUAUGUCGCUAAGGUAACUAGCUGUAAUGGCGCUGGUCUUUGCACAUUUGCAACAUCAAGUUCACUCCUUAUUGACUCCUCUCCGCCAUCACUUGGGGGUUUCAUGAAUCCAAUGUCAUGGCACAAUAAUGGGACGACUACUACAAUUCACCUAGCGUGGUAUGGUUUUGUGGAUAAUGAAUCAGGAGUUCAAAACUACACUGUAAGUGUUAGUAAAUCAUACUCUGGGAAUGAACUGUCAAAUGGUUUGAUUUCUGUGCAGCACAGCGACAGAACUCAGCAAGUGUUGUCAUUGAACUUAUCAAAGAAACUUAACAGCAAUGACGUUAUCAUAUUAUCAGUCACUGGAACAAAUAAUGUAGGACUGAAAAGUAAAACGGAAAAGGUGUCUGUCGUCCUUGUGUCUAACAAUAAAUAUAAUACACAGGGAUAUCUCUCAAUUCAGCGUCAUUCCUGUGUCUCUCAUUACUGCAAUAACGACUGUACCUGUGCAGUAGUAGGUAAAAAGUGUUUAAAUAAAAUCAAUGCACCUUGCACAGAAUUACAAAAUGUUUCAAAUGCGAGUCUUAAUGUGAUGGUUCAUUUUGGGUUAUCGCCAAAACCCUUAACAAUGUCUGCCAGUUCCUCGUGUAUAUCAGGAUUUUGGGAGAAAGAAGCAGGAUCGUUAAGAACAGUGAUGCGCUAUGAAUGGAGUCUUGGUGAAAAGGGGGAAAGUCCAGGAAGUGGAAUAUUUGACGCAGCUACAGAAAGUAUAUGGCAUGAUAUUGGCAUCAGUCACGAAUUGGUAUAUUGUUUGCCACCCCACAAAAGACUGCAACACGGACAGCACUAUAUUCUCUAUAUAAGAGCGUGGGUCUCCGAGUCUGAGUUUGCUAUAUUCACGUCAAACUCUCUUUUGAUUGAUUUUACUCCUCCACAGAUAAGACUUGGUCGAGCAGUGAUUGAAUCAGUGGAUAACUGCAGAAAUGAUGUCGAUUUCAUUGGUACUUUAAGACAGUUUAAAGUAUGUUGGCAAAAACUAUUCUCGGAAGGACAGGGACACAUAGUAAACUACGAUAUAAGUGGUGGAACAAGACCUUAUGGUGAUGACUUCAUAACACGAAGAUCUGUCCAUUUAUCUACCUCUUUAGACGUUAAUCAAACAAUGAUAGCAGGAACUACUUAUUAUUUCACAAUUUUUGCGAUAAAUAAUCUGGGACUGGAAACCGCGGCAAUGUCAGAUGGAAUACUUCAUGAUGUUGAUUACCCUGUAUCUGGUAUUGUAUAUAACACCAAACAUUUUCGAAAUAUUUUAUAUCAGUCUUUAAACUCUUCUGUUGCAACAUCAUGGCAUGGCUUUGAAGAUCAUCAGUCGUCGAUUAAACUCUAUGAGGUAGGUGUUUAUGAAGAAGAUGACGGAACAGUAAUCCAGAGAGAUAAAUCAGCCUCCAUUUCAACUUUCUACACAUUCAAUAACAUAAGUUUGCAGCACAACAGAAGUUAUCAUACUCGGGUUCGAGCAUUCGAUGCAAUGGAUCAUCCUUCUCAAUAUGUACAUUCAAACCCAAUAAAAAUAGAUAACACUCCACCUGUCGGAAUAAAGUGCAAAUCGUUUGAAAAAAUUGAAUUUCAAGUGUCCUCAAUUACGAGUCAUACAGACAUUUAUAACAUGAAGAAAAAGGUGGUGAAUGGUGUUUUUACUGCUACAAAGGAUGAUAUUUACAAAAUUAUAAUCAAGUUACCUGGUAGGUUACAACUUAGUACCCUCAAGUUGCAUAUUGGAAAUAGAACAAUGCUACUGUACAUGUCACAAACUGCUGAUUCGAGUACUUCUGCAGAACACGAGUUUUUGUCCAGCAAUGAUGGCCCAGUCAACUUAAGAUUUAGUGUGGUAAGUCGAAAGGAUAUACCCAAUGAAAGUAUUUCAGUACGUCUUCAACAUUGUAAUUUGUCAGAAGUCAGUACAAAUCCAUUAAUUGUUCGUCAAAUAAACCCUGGAACAGUGUCCGUCUGCAGUUUCAUCUUCGAUCCGGAAAGUGGUGUUGAAAACGUUUUAGUUGGAGCUGGAACAACCAGAGGAGGAUAUCAAGUGAGAUUAUUGUCUCCUUUCUCGAAAUCCAAUCACGGUUUAAUACAUACGGAUGCUCCACAUGGCAGUCGAAUCCAUCUAACAGCUAUCGCAAGAAACUAUGCUGGUUUAUCGUCAAUGUUUCAACAUGAAAUAACUUUAGAUCACAGUGCCCCUAUUUUGAAAAUUUUGAAUGUCGAUGUUCGAAACUUUGCAAUAGGACAGGAUUUGGAAUUUCUUAACAACACUGAUCAAGGUGUUGCAGAAAAUGAUACAACCACCAUACAUGCAGAGUCGACUCGGACGAUCAGAAACCACACUGAAGUUACAGUGACAUGGAAUGUUACAGAGGAGGAAUCUUAUCUUCUAUCUUGUUAUUGUUCUGUUGGUCAUUCCCAAGCUUCUGCAUUAUCGGGACGUUGGCAAACUAGUCCUGAUAACAGAGAAUGUAAAUUGUCAAACCUGUCAUUCCCCCAUGGAACAACAAUAUAUGUUACCGUUCAAUGCAUAAAUAACGUCCAGCUUAAAGCCGAAGAGACAGCAGGACCUUUCAAAAUUUACCAUAAAUCACCACAGAUCGAAAGUGCCUCCCUUUCAUUUUAUUCAAGUAACCGUAAUACAUUUUUGAGGAAGGAGUCGACAAUCCCUUUGCAAGAAAACUUGACAAGUAUCGACUUUUUCUGGAAUGGAUUUCAAGAUGAAGGUGGAAUAUCCACCUAUGAAACUCGGGUACGAAAGAAUGGAAAAGUCAUUGCGCCAUGGAAUUCGGUUGGUCUAAGGAAUUGUGCAACACGCGUAAUACAGAAUUCAAAAGCCGGAGACAUCAUUAAUGUAGACGUUCGCGCAGCAAAUGGCGGUGGAUACCGAAGUCAAAUAUUGAAUUCUUCUAUCAUUCUGGACAACAGACCACCAGGCUUACAGGGUGAGUCAGCAUCUUUUACUUCAUCUGGUGGGAAUGUUUCAAUACAAUGGAACAAGGUUUUCGUACCCUCUCAAUAUGGUGCCACGGUCUACCAAGUUUCGGUGGGUUCCAGCGCUGGAAGUUCCGAUCUUCAAUCACCCAUAUCCACUCUGGCAGAAGAAGUACAUUUUGAAUGGACACCAGAUGCCUCCCAACAUCAGAUCUUUGUCAACAUUCUGGCCUUUGCACCAAAUGGCGAGUUCUCUCGAUAUAACACCCGAUUUUAUGUUUAAGAACCUAAUAUUCAACAAGUUAUGUUGUCUAAAUUACAUCUAACGCAAAUGAUUAAUUUUUUCAUAUUAUUAUCGA